UAGUGCACAUCGCAUUCAAAACCAUUGAGCAAUAAGGAGGCCGUUAAAAAAAGUCAGUCUUUAAGUUCAGACUAUUUAGUGAAUGUUUGUGAUAGUAACCCAUAAUUAUAGAGCUGUUGAGGAUUAUUACAGAAGAUUUCCUGUGUGCUUUGAAACAAGGCUUGAAUCACUCAAACGUGUCUAAUGGCCUAUAAUCACACUUAAACGUCAUCAAAUUUGUUUUAUUUUGUUGGAGAAAAUAAUUCAUAACUGUGAAUUUGGCUAUAAUCACAUUUUAAUUGAGGUAUCACACGUAACCAUCAUGUAGAUUCAAACUGCUGUUUCUGAUGUCAAGACCUUAUAGUUCCAGCCAUGUUUGAAAAUCUGAUUACAGUAGUUUUACAACUUUUUUGCUCAUUUCUAGUUGUUACGGGUUUAUUCCAGUCAUACAAUGUCAAUCAGGAUAAUGGACCUCUCGGAAAAAUUACAAUUGAUAAAAAAUCAGGAUAUUUAUAUGUUGGCGGAAACAAUAUUCUUCUUCAACUUGAUAGUAAUUUAUCCAUCAUUAGUGAAGUGACUGUCGGACCAAUUUUGGACAAUUCAAAGUGUUACCCACUGCCUGUGCCAUGUACCUAUCAAAGAGAUUUAACUGAUAAUAAAAUACAUGUUCUGGCUAUCAAUGAACCAAAUAAUUACAUUUUAGCUUGUGGUACAGCAAACCAUGGCUUAUGUACGGCAUACUCAUUAAGUGAUAUUGGGGCAAUGAACAAAACAUUGAAUCCAAUGAAAGCAACCAAUAAUAUUGUAGGCAGUGUUAGUGGUAGUUCUUACUCAAAUUCUUAUGCCUUUUUUGGGUCAACUCAUAGUGUGUUGCAAAAAGAAAAUCCUGACAAUCAAUUACUCUAUGUUGCCAUGGGGACUGCCAAUCAGUCCUUACAGUUUACACCAGCAAUGAUUUCAAGUCGAGAGAUAAACUCUUCCUCGAACACAUGGAAUAUAGAUUAUUUUCUAAAUUCUCUUACAUCCUCUUCAUUUAUGAAUGUUAAACCAUCACUUCAGUAUAAUUUUCGUUCUUACUAUAUCUAUGGAUUUGAAAAUAGUGGCUACACAUAUUUCAUCUCAGUUCAGAUGAAUGAUCCAACAGCAUUUGAAGCUGAGAACAAUAGAUUUGUAACAAAAAUUAUAAGAAUUUGCCAAGAUGAUGAAAAAUAUUCUUCCUAUACAGAACUCCCAAUUGAGUGUACCCAUGGAGACAAAAAAUAUCAAAUAGCAACCAGUGCAAAACUUUCAGAUUAUGGAUAUUUGCCAUUUGAAAAGUUUUUAUACAUUACUUUUGGAAAACAAGAUGAACUUAAUCCUUCUCCUGAUAGGAGCCAAGGGUCAGUUAUGUGUACUUUUGAGUUUAACAAAAUUACAGAGCUAUUUGAAAAGUUACUACAAGACUGUUUUACCAGUGGAAUUGGGAAUGAGGUUGCUUGGUUUGUUGGUAAAAGUCUGACAGAGGCAAGAGCAUGUGCAAGAGAUACUGGACAAGAUCUGAAAAACUUUUGUGGAGGAAAAAAGAAUUUGUUUGGUAUUCAGGAAAGUACCAAUUUAGACCAAAGACGCCAACAAACGCUGACAUCUUCAGCUAUUUACCAUGAGGCAAAGUCUAUCUUGUCUUCUGUAAAUGUAAUACACCAGAAUAAAGAGAAUGUAGCAGUACUAGGUACAGAUGAAGGUUAUCUCAUGAAGGUUUUAGUGAAGAAACCAGCAGCAAGCCUUCCAUCUCCAUACAUGACAUACGAUAUAACAAAGGACAGAAAAGUUAAGAUUGAGCCUGGGGCACAGACUGAUUCUUCUGGGACCAGUGUUUAUUUAUUGUCAAAUACUCAGGUGAUAAAGUUUCCAUUAGAUGCAUGUGAAGUACAUACAACCUGUGAACAGUGUGUUGGUGUUGACCCUCUAGGUUGUGGUUGGUGUGGAAAUAAAUGUACUUCACAAAAAACUUGUAGCUCUGGAUGGUCAGGACAGAGUUGUCCUCCCAUUAUAACUAUGAUUUCCCCCAUGUCUGGACCUACUAAUGGUGGAACUCUGCUGACUUUGGAAGGACAAAAUUUUGGUACAAUGUCUCCUGAUUUUAGGGAAAUAACUAUUGGAAAAAAUAACUGUUUUACAACAACAUUUAUAACAUCAACAAAAAUUACAUGUGUUACUGAGAAGAUGACUGUUGAAGGUGAAGGACAGAUCAAGGUUAUAGUGAAUGAUAGCAACAACACACCUUAUCAGAUAAAUGGAGAAUACACAUCCCCUGAUUUUAUAUUCUCUUAUAAGUCUCCAAAAGUCCUUGAUUUUACACCAAAGUAUGGGCCAUUAUCUGGAGGGACCAAGUUAGUGAUAUCUGGAAAGAAUCUGAAUGUUGGAGCAAAACAUUCUGUUCUGGUGGCAGGACAAAAAUGUGUCAUUGAACCUAGUGGAGGAAUACAGGAUACCAGUUUAACAUGUCUGACUCCUAAGUUACUGUACAGCAAACGUAAGAGGAAGAGAGAUACCAGUCCAAGUCCAGUGUAUGAUGUGUCAAUUAGAUUGGACAUAGAUGGAUUUACAUACCAGUUUAAUGAAAGUUAUCAGUUCAUGGAAGACUCAACAGUCACAUCUAUUGGACCACAUAAAUCUAUACAGGCUGGAGGAACAACUGUGACAGUUACUGGUACUAAUCUUCACAUUAUAUCAGAACCAAUGAUCAUAGCUUCACUAGUAUAUAAUAAUAACAAUAAACAAACUGUACCAGUGGCAUGUUACAACUCUUCUCAAGAUGGGACAACUUUGUUAUGUCCUGCACCAAGUAUUACAGCUGCCAUGGAUAACAAUGCUCUGCCUUGUUGUGGAUACAAAUCUGUCUAUUUAAGUUUCAUUAUGGAUGGCAUCCAGUCUGUCAAACAACUACCUCAGUCCAUGUCAUACAUGCAUUACUUCCUUAAUCCUGUGUUUCUUCCCUUUGCUGAAGAUGAACAUAUCAGAUACUUUUUGAUUACAGAGGAGAGGCUUGAAAUUAAGGGUGAACACUUACAUUAUGGUGUGACAACAAAAGAUGUGACUGUAACCAUUGGUAACAGUAUAUGUGAAGUGACUGUUAUGAGGGCAACUGUGUUGUAUUGUACACCCAAAGAUAAACCAUCAUCAGUUGGUGAUGAUGAUCCCAAGAGAACAGUAAAGGUGAAAGUUGGAUAUAUGACUUACGACAUUGGACAGUUAGUUUACACACAGGAAAUAGCCUCAGCCAUGUCACCAGGAAUCAUCGCCAUGGCUGUCAUUUUAGCGUUAGUCGUUCUCUGCAUUAUAGUACUUGUGUAUAUAAUGAAACGCCAAGAAAUUGGACCUUUUAAAAGAUCUCCAGAUAAACAUGGCGCUCAAUAUGCUGCAGGACGUGAAGUGGCGUUUACUGGACUAGACUCUGCAGGGCAAAGAGUGUUUGAUAUGGAAAAUGCACAAAAUGAAUCCACUAAGAUAAAAGUAUCGGAAAAAAUAUCUGAAGUUAAAAUUAUAGUAACUGAUACAGACAGUUUGUCUGAAAAGAAAGCUUAUGCUGAACAGAGAAUGUCAGGGGAACUCCCUUAUGGAGCUGAGAGUAGAUCUCCUAUUCUGUUGGAUGAUGACACACUGUUGGUAUUGAAGGAUAAAAAUCUUCUCAUAGAGAGAGAAUGGUUGACACUUGGAGAAAUCAUUGGGAAAGGACAUUUUGGUUGUGUAUAUAGAGGCUACUUGGAAGUGCCUAAUGUCAAAGGGUCACAGCUUGUAGCAGUGAAAACACUUCAUCAGGAUGACCCAAGACAGUUAGAUGUAGACAGUUUUAUUGAGGAGGCAUUAAGAAUGAAAGAUUUCCACAAUCCCAAUGUGCUGACUUUAACAGGGAUAUGUUUUGGCAUGGAUGACAUGCCUCUGGUUAUUUUACCAUUCAUGACACAUGGAGAUUUGUUAUCAUACAUCAGAAAAGAAGAAAAUAAUCCAACUAUUAAAGAUCUGAUCCUGUUUGGAAUAGAUAUAGCUAGAGGUAUGGAGUACCUCUCUGGGUGUAAGUUUGUACACAGAGAUCUGGCUGCUAGAAAUUGUAUGCUGGAUGAAAAUUUCCGUGCUGUGGUAGGAGAUUUUGGUUUGUCUCGUGAUAUCUAUGCUAAGGAUUACUAUGCUAGUGAGAACAAGAAAACUAAAUUGCCAGUCAAAUGGAUGGCUCCAGAAUGUUUGGAGAAAGGACAUUAUAGUGUUCAGUCUGAUGUGUGGUCUUUUGGUGUUGUACUGUGGGAAUUAAUGACAAGGGGAGUUAACCCAUACCCAGAGGUAGAUAACUGGGAUGUUCUACGAUAUAUAAAGAAGGGUAGACGAAUGCCACAACCACCGUUUUGUCCUGAUAUUUUAUAUAAAAUGAUGUCAAAGUGUUGGUCAUUUAACCCCAAUGAUCGUCCCAAAUUUUCAGAACUUGUCCAUGAAAUAAAUGAAAUGAUUAAUGUAUUGGAACAACAAAUGAAGCAGGGACAGCAUACAACAGACAUUCAAAGUACAUAUGUAAACACUGACACUUGUACAGACUAUCAUUACCAUGACAACAAACAUCCAGUAGAAGAAACAGAGGCUAUUACGGAAGCGGAGAAUUUAUGUUAAUUUGAUUGGUGCAAAUUUUUACUUAUGUCUACAGCAAAACAUUUUCCCCUCUACACAGUACAUGUUGAUCUCAGAAUUACUUUUAGAAAUAUAGUAUCUUAGUUUGGUACUUUGAAUCUUCAAAAUGUGUUCAAUAUACUUAUAGAAUUGUUAGCUCAGAAUAUAUGAGGGUUGUAAUUGGAGUACCUUCAUGAUUGGUAACGGUAAAAAAUCUUGCCAAAUGACAUUAAUGGUAAUUUUUGGUGCAUGACCAUAAAAAUAAUGGAAAUAAUAAGAAUUUAAGACCUCUGACGAAACAUGAUAAAGAUAGUUUGAUGAUUCACAGUAGCUUUUUAACCAAUUUGACACUAACCUGAAAUGACUGUUUGAUACCUGAUAGUUAAGGGCAUUCCUACCCUCAUAUAUUUGCACGAUGAAAAUAGUAAAUAAUAUGCAAAAUGUAUUAAGAAUACAAAUUAUGAAACCGAUAAUUAUAUUACUGAACUUUAGUUAAUUUAUAAAAUUAUUGAAAUAUGAUUGACUUUUAAAGAACUGCCAAUGAAGGUUGUUGAAUUUAGGGCAUCUGCAUAUACGUAUGCAAUAUUAUAUUUUUUGAAAGUCAACUAUUUUUUUUCUUUUCCACCUGUUGCCUUUAUUGGUAUAUUAUAAGUUUACUUUACAUAAGAGAUUUUUAUUGAUAUAUGUGCAUGUAGAUUGACUUACUCAUUAUAUUUACAAAAUGUAUAAAGCUUAAAAAGGAAAGUAGAUAGCAAUUUUUUUUCAAAUUGGACUGCUGGUAAGCUUUAGGUAAAAGUCAUUUUUUAUUCAGGAAUUAUCUUUAUUUAUUAUUUUAAAGUAUCUUACUUUUUCUCCAUUCACGACAUUAAAAAAAAUAUUUUAAAAUGCAGGUGAAAUUGUUAACUCUUCCAAGUCAAAAUAUUGCAUGACAUUGUAUAGUUUUAGCUUGUAACGAUUUUUAAGUCAAAUAAUCAGGUUUCAUAAAUUAACAUUGUGAUUACAAUUUUAUUUGAAUUGACUACAAUGACCAUUGAGGCCAGUGUUAAUUUUUUUGGCAGCAAUGGUUUGUGGAGCAGGCUUGGAUUUCUUGAAAAAAAUCUUUAUGUGAUCUAAACAUUUUUCUUUUUUUAACAAAAACAUUAAAGAUUAACAAAUUAGUUCAUUUGAUUCAAGAAAUUCAAGCCUUGUACAAUAUUUGUAUGUGGGUCUGGAUUGGGUCCACCCAUCAGAGAAUAAUUGGGGGACGAAAAUAAAGAAGGGGGAAUAAGAAACCAAAAAAAAAAAAGAAGGGGAAAAAAAACCGACCUAAAAGGUCAAAGAAUAUAAAAAUGGAAGAUCACCAAUUCAGAUUCCUCUAAUGCCAUGACAUAGAACUUUGCUUUACUAAAUGCUUUAAUUUUACAUUCCAUUAGAUUGAUGCUCUUCAUUCUAGCUCAGAAUCAUUCCAUUUCUUUUUUUAAUCAAUUUGGAUAAGUUUUGUUAUAUAAUUUACUAUUUUUAAAAGUUGUAAAAUUUUAUAGUUCUCAAAUUAAGUUGGUUGUGAAAUUUCAUAGAGAUGAAAAUGUUUAUGUUUUAUUAUUCAUUGAACACAUUCACAAACUGAUCAUAUUAACACUGAUUUAAACAUCAUCAAAAUUGUGUCCAUCAAAUGAAAUUUUAAAACCUUUUUGAUAUUUAUUUUAAUUGUUAAAUGGACUAAACCCACUGCAAAAAUAUAUUAACUUUUAAAGAAAAUAUUUGAAGUGAAUGUAAAUAAAUUUUAUCAGGAUUUAACGGCAGUAGAUAGUCCCAGAACUAUAGUAAAUUUACUAAAGUUUUUAUGUUUUAUUUGUAUGAUUAAGUUAUGGUAAUAGUGCAAUUUUAAUAUUAUAUUUUUAUGUUAUCAAGUUUUAAGAAUUUAAUCUGAGUCAUUUAUUGUUGUACACUAGAUUUUUCUUAUAUUAUGUAUGCUUAUUUUUCAAAUUAUUGUUCAUUUUAAUUAAUUAAUUUUUGUUGUUUAUCUUUGCUCCAUGAUGCUUUUAAUUACUGAACAUGUGAAUUUAAUCUUUGAUCAAUUCAUUUAACUCUAGUAAUUGUUUUUAACUCCACAUAUUCUAGCUUUCCAAUGGUGAGCUAUUUUUAAAGGCUUAAUAUUGAUUAUAGCCCUUUUUAAACUUUGCUCUGCUGCUAGACUAAAAAUUUUAUUGAUAGAAGCAUAUUACUAUACUUAAUAUAGAUAUAUUUGAUAGAAGAUUUUUACCUAUAUAAGGAUGUGCCUUUACAAAUAUAACAUUCCAAAAAUUCUUAUUUAAUGAAUUUUAAUUAUUUUCUGUGAAGUAUUUUUACAUAUAUGAAAAAAUGAAUUGUGCAUUGAUUCUUUUUUCUGAAUUUUCAAGAGUUUUUUCUUUUAAUUAUUUACAAAAAAAAUAAUGAUAGAAUGUAUAUAAAUUGAGUUAUGAACUCUUGAGGAGCUUUAUGAAUAAACAAAUUCUACAAGGAAAAACCAAAUUUUUUGUAAAGUCAACUUCAACUGAGGUAGUCUGAAUUUUAGAUUCUUGAUAAUGUAUUUCAUGAUUUACCAACAACAAAAUUAGAAGGUAUAUAUCAUUCAAGAUUGGAGCUAAAUAAAACCAGCAACAAUGGGAAGAACACAAUGAAUGACUAUUGUGUUUGAAAAUUACCAAAGAAAGUUUUGUGCAAUCAUAAUGAAGUAUACAUUUAUGAUUUGAAGAAAAUGUGUACACAAAUAUAUUUAGUUUUGUAAAUUGUGAAAUGUCACCUCCAAACUCUGAAAUUUCAAAGAAAGUAUAUUGAAAUACCAAAAUUGCUUGGCUUUUCUUCUGACUAUUCAUGAAACAUUUAUACAAUUUAUAAAGAUCACAACUUGGUCAUGCUAUGGGAAAUAGGAACAAGAUGCAUGGUAUAGCAAGACAGAUUUUAAUUUUGUGUACUUAUAUAUGAAUUUUUAUAAAAAGAAUUAUAUAAAUAUACAUACUACAAACUUAUUGUAUGUGCCAUUUGUUAUACUAUUAUCAAAGUUUAUUAUUAACAUUCUUGUUUUAGUUCAUGAUUUAUAUUCACAAUUGAUUAAAUGUAAUGAUUUUGUAUAAAAAUAUAUUAUAA